AUGAGAAUCGUUAUUAUCGGGGCUGGCAUCAGCGGAUGCGCAGUGUAUCUUGAGCUGAAGAAGCACCUCAAGGGAGCCCCAGACAUCACCAUCUACGAAGCGUACGAUACUGCCAGGGAUACCACUGCUGAAAAGCGAGGGCAAGACCCAACCCAUUCUUCAACUCUCAUUGUUGGUGGUGGACUCGCCAUCGCGCCAAACGGGCUCGGUGUCCUGCGACGUCUGGACGACGACCUCCUCUGCGACAUCACGCGAAAUGGCUACGUUACGUCUCACUCCAAUUUGAAGGACAAAAACGGCAACGUUCUGAUGCGCAUGGGGCCCGGCCUCGUGUCGGAUAUGUUUUCCGUUGCAUGCAGCCGCCAUUCGCUUUGGAGGUGUCUUCGUGAUCGCAUUCCGGAUGAUCACAUCGUCAACAAGCGCGUGUUGAAUGUGACUGCCAAUCUGCAGGGGAAGAACAUUGUUCGCUUUGUCGAUGGCAGCGACUCUGUUGAAGCCGACCUUGUCAUUGGAGCCGACGGCGUCCGGUCCAUUGCCAAAGAAGCUCUCUUCCCAGAUGCUAAAGACAAUCCGUACCCCCCAAAAUAUGAGGGCCUUGUUGGCAUCGGGGGUUUUGUGUCAGCCGACGAUGUCAGGGAAAGCGUCGACAAGGGGUCCAUCAACUUUGUGUUCAGCGGUAGUGGCUUCUUUGGCUACUUCUUCUCGGAAAGUUCUCCAUCGGAUUCUAAACGUGAUUCCCCUUCUCAUGUAUGCGAGCCGGGCGAUUCCCUCGCCUGGUGGUCAACCUAUGAGAUCAAGGAAUGCCCCGACCCCAAGUCUCUGGAUAUGGAUGACGUUAUGCGCCAACUGCGCGAAAGGCAUGGCCAGUGGAAGGAUCCAGUGGUACAAAGCGUCCUCAAGUCCGCUCAUAUCCAGAACAUGUAUCCAACCUGGACGUCACCGGAGCUUCCGACAUGGGAGCGCGACGGAGUUGUUCUGCUGGGAGAUGCUGCACAUACACUUCCACCCACUUCAGGCCAGGGCGCAUCCCAAGCCCUCGAAGAUUGCGAGGCGUUUACGCUUUUCUUGGCUCAUAGCCUUGAUGACAUAAGUGAGCAGGAUGACUCCUCGAACCUUGCAUCGAUCAAGCAAGCCAUCAACAAAGCGGCCAGGCAGUACAUGGACCUCCGUCAACCUCGAGUUAGGCAGAUUCUCAAAGCCGCACAGAAGAUGCAAAGCUCCAAGCGGACAAUGGGAGCUAUUCAAGAGUAUGCAAUGUACACGUUCAUGAAGGUCAUCGGCUUCUUUCCUAGUAUUGCAACAAAACCGACUCGGGCGGUGAUUGAGUACAACGUUGCCGAGGAAGUCGCUCGAGUUCUUGGUGCUGAGAGCUAA